AUGUCUGGUGUCCCUGGUGUCAAUGAUGCCCCUGUCUGCUCGGUGAACGACGACUGCUUGUUUCUGACCAUGCCAUGCCACCUCGAGAAGUCCGGACUGGCCAGGAGUUACCUCAUGAUGAUGUCCCCUUCCACAGCCCUGGGCAGCGAGUACGCCUGCUGCUCCUGGAAGCCUGCGAUGGCAUCGGGCCCUGCAGCGGUGACAGCCACUGGCCUCCCGGUGUUACACGUGGGGCUGCAGUUGUGGAGAGAAGAACUGAGAAAUCUGACAGCGAGAGCGGGGCUGGGGACAGCGGCAGAGAAGAGGAAGGUGACGCUGCUGGAGCAGGGCGGUCAGCAGCUGGCCGGGCGAGUGACCUCCACAGGCAGGCUUCGUGAAGACCAGCGCCGCCGGAGUGAGGAGCUGCUGGUCCUCGACUUGCUGUGCCAGAUUUUACACACCGACUCCCUGACCGCGGUCCAGACGUGGCUUCUCACUGCGAGUGACACAGAAAAAGACAAAGUGCUCAGUUUGAUCCACCGUGUGACGAGUGGUUGCCAGCCUGAGGUUCAGCCCACCCAGAGUGAGGAGCAGAAGCUUCCGGCGAUUGCAGUGCCCUGCACUUCAUCUGACUUGCCAACUACACCAGUGAAAAGCCAGAAGAAAGUAAGGAUCUCCAGUCCCGCACAGAAAAAGCCGAGAGACUUGAACCCUCCAACCUAGUCCGAGUCAGCAGACCAGGCAGCUGGAAGCUGGGCACGCAGACCUGUGUGGCCGUGAGCUACGAGAGGCAAAUCAAAUACAGAAUACAAGAGACUGGCCCUGCAGUUUGAACGACUUGGCACAAAUAAAAAUAUCUG